AUGUAUCGGAGCUGAGUCUCGGCGCUUUGGUUACAGCGAGUUUGUUUCUCACUAUUUCAGUGUCCAGCCGGGGCGGGGGGCAAGUAUCUGUAGAGAGAGGGGGACGGGGAACUCCCUGCUACUGAAGCACACCAGACUAAUGGUGGCUGCAUAGAGGGAUCUGAGAGGGGCUGAAUUCUUCCAGUAUGGGCAAUGGGAUGUGUUCCAGGAGACAGAAGGGAAUGCUCCAGACGGGAUUCUGCGUCCUAGUUGCACUUUGUUUUGGGUUCGGGUUUUACACCUACAUCCACCUGAAGGAGAACGUGAGGGGCGCCGAACUGCUGGCCCAGAAAUACAAGCAACAGCACGAAUCCGUCUCAGCUCAGUUACAAGUGGUGUACGAGCACCGAUCAAGGCUGGAGCGUUCAUUGCAGAAGGAACGAGGGGAGCACAAAAAGACAAAAGAAGAUUUUUUGGUUUAUAAGUUGGAAGCUCAAGAGUCAUUGAACAAGGAGAAGCAAGAUGCCAUGAACCGGUAUGGUGCGCUAAGUUCCCAGCAUAAGAUACUGAAGAACCAGCACGAUGAAAUUAAAAAACAGCUUCUGGAUCUGCAGCUUCAGCACAACAGCCUUCGGUUAGAACACAGGAAAGCAGCAGAGACCCACAACCAGCGCUACCUGCAGCUGCAUCAGCAGAAAGACCUAGAAAUUGGCACUUUACAAGAUGCCAUCAACAAGCUGAAACAUGAGAGCAAGCAACUGCGGAGAGCCCAUCAGGACAUGCAUGAACAGCUUGCCAAGGCACAGGGCCAGGUGGAAGAGUACAGGCAGCUGAAGGAAGCUCUUCAUGCAAUGCCAAGCUUCAAAAACCUUGGACUGAAUCCAGGCACACUGCAGAAACAGAAUCAGGCACGACAAGAACAUCCCCGAGGUCCUGACAGAAACCAGUCGCAGGUCACUGAACAGAAGGAACAGUGGUUGCGAGACAGGUUGGUGAGCAUGGGAGAACAAACGCUGACCUCCCAGCAUGAUGGUGGGCGAGAAGCAAAAGAAACUGUGGUGAAGGACCAGCUUAAAGAGCUGCCACAGGGUCAUGCUGGCUUCGGGAACGUGCCAGCCUGGGAUUCGAACAGCCUGCAGAUUGAGGGAGCCAAUCGAGUGCUGCGAUUCACCAGGACAGUGAAUAGUCUCCACUCUGACAGGCAGAAUACAAAGGUAACGGCCAAUGGGGUGGAUCAAACCCAUCAUGUUGAACAAGAUCACAUAUUUCUGGAGGGAGAGCCCGCUGCUGGAAACCAACAACAUCUUCCAACCAAUGAGCAAGAGUCAGAGAAUCAUCUGAUCAGCCGCCCGGCCAAGGUGAAAAGGUGGGACGAGAUUAUUAAUGAUGUGAACACGGGCAAUGAUUUUAAACUGCGCGGUCAGACAGAUCAAUUCCGAAUCCCCUCGGUGCAGAAUCAUCGAGAACCUCCAACAGUCCCACCUCAUGUCACCAGGAGGCAGUGGAGUCCAGGACGUGGAAACACCAACCGGCAUGCAGACCGUGUGAGUGAAGUGGGAGAGGAGCCUGAGCAGGAGGAAGAGGAAGAGGAGGAGGAGGAGGAGGAGGCAGACAAAGAGUCGGAUACAGCAGAUCAAAAUGAUGCUGAGAAGCUCUUAAUGCACACCAUGACUUCUAGGAAUAAGAUGAUUGCACAGGAACCACUGAUCCCAGAUAUCGAUCAGGAUCCAGCUCAGGAUCCCAAUAACCAGGGAGAAGAUGAGUUUGAGGAAGCUGAACUUGAGAGGCCAGAUUUUGCAGGGAAGGUGCCAGGACUGAAGGAGCAGCAGCUCCUCAUUAAAUCCAUUCCAAAGGGGGUUCACAUUGCAAGUAAGGAAGGAGAUGAGGCUGUGGACGAGUAUCAGGAAGAUGUGGAGACAGAGAAUGAGGACAAUGGAGGGGAAAUGGAGGAUGACCAUGAAGAUCCUGAACGCAUUCACCAAGAAGCCAAUGAAGAGGAUGCUGGGGUAUCAGAUGAUGAGGCCAAUAAAGAAGAAUACUGAAGGGACUGAUUUCAGUGGCGCAAACAUGGGAUCAUUUCUUGUUUCAAACGUGAGGGAUUGGUGAGAAGAAUUGAAGACUGAAAGCAGGAUCCUGUCUCAUGGUGUGUGCAAGACUGAGGCUGACCUCUGGUAUCUAAACAUUACAUUUUCCCGAACUGCAUUUAACCUCCUGACAGCCAUCCUGACCACAGUGAUUUUGUCCAAUAGUGACAUUUGAUGGACUUAUUGGUGCAGGGAGAUGUUCUGCUUUGCCUCAUUAUAUUAUCUGUGUAAACAUGAUGGACUAUGGUGAACAUUCGGUUCCAGGGAUGGGCAAAGGACACCUGAAGAAUGUUUUGUUAAUGACAGCACCUUGAGUGAACUAGAAAUGACAAAUAAGCAGUCAGUUCAGUGAAGUAAUGAGUUCAUUGAAAUAAUGAAUGUGUCAUAUUUUGACUUGCAUUGUUCUGUAGCCCAGCAUGUUACAUAUUGGAUUAUUUUUAUGAUAAGAGUAUGAGAAAGCUUUAUAUGACUUGCACGUAUUCUGUGCAAUUGAUUCAGUGAAAUCUGGAGACUGUACUAUCCCAUUGAGUAUGUGGUACUACAACAACACAAAUACAGACCAGCAGAAUUUGUUCUUUUCUGUCCUGCAAUAUUGUUGACGGUAAACCUAUCUGUACAUGCUUGGACUCAGCUUAUUGUUUACCAAUAAUUCAAAUGAUGGGAUCCUUACUUCUGUCUGUCCUCCUUUCUUCCAGAAGCUACAAGCUCUUAAACUCAAAUUUAGUGUCAUCAGAUUAUUCAUUCGCACUGCUAUUUCUCUUGCUGAGACAUCCCUGACAUUCAUCUGGGUUUCUUCAUUUAAACUUUUAGCCAUCGAACAAUGCUGCUGCCUAGUGAUGUCUGUCUCUUUCCUAUGCCUGGCAACAGCACAAAUUCAUUAGUGUAUCUCAUUAUUCCUGUUUACCUGGGGUAGGAGAGUAUCACACAAUCAGCUGGUGGAGCUGGCCUGAGGGGUCCAGAAUCUGGUUCGGUGCAAUGAAUUCUAUUCAACCUCUUGGUGCAUUUGGGUACAUCUAUUAAUCUCUUCAGUCUACAGUGUAAGAGAGGCUUGGAUUGAAUCAAUUUUUGAAUUAUGGAGACAACCAAAAUGUUUUAAUAUUCCUUUCCUAACAUUAGAAAGGAAGAUAGUGUUUUAAAUGGAUCAAAUGACAGAUUCUAGCCAGUAGCUGUGACAUUCGGGUAACUACAAGACCGUUAGCAAGAUACAAAUUGCACUCAAUAAUAUAAAUCUGUGUGUGUCAGACACAUGGAAUGUAUCAUAUGCACAAAAUUCAAAUUUUUUGACAAAAACUAGGUGCCUUCUGCAGUUGUUGUGGAGCAGACACUGCCUCACAACAAAACUUUGUAGAUCCUCCAACAUCACAGUGUUUAUAAUCUGUAAUCUCAGACAUUUUAUGCUGUGUAAUUUCUGUGCACAAAAUCCAAAUAUUGAGAUUUUUUUAAACAAUUGAAAUAAAAUGUCAUUGCCCAUGUACA